AAAAGGAAAAAGAAAAUUUAGUCUGUGGAAAGCCGCGUUCCUGAACGAACGUAUUCGCGCGCGUCUUUUGUUUCUGCAUUGUGAUGCGAGAUUGUGUUUUUUUUUGAAAUAGGAAGUUAAUGUCAGUGUUUUUAAACUUUAAUUUACUGCAAUACUUAGCCAAAACAGAACUGAUUUGUGAAUUUUGUGUCGUGAUUCUAACUGACGAUAAAAUAAUUAGUGGUUUUGUUAUGUUAAAAAGUUUGCUGUUAAGUUAGGCUCCAAACGUCCGCCUACAACAGAAGAAUACUGCCAUCCUUGUCUAUUGCGGAGAGAGGACAGAGAUAGGAGAGAGAUAAGAAAUUUCAAUUGAAGACAGCUGAUUGGUCCAUGGAGUAAAAUGAUGAUGCGUGUGCUGGGGAAUCCUCGUUUGAAUAACAGAAGGUGCUCACGGGUUACCACUUGAACUUUGACAAGAUGGUACUUCGGCGAAGAAAAUCAAUCGCUGCGGCUGCAACAUUAAUUCUCUUCCUAUGGAUGGACGCGCAGUCAGCAGUCGAAGCGAAGAAGUCCAAAACACACGCAUGCCCCAUAGGGUUCACCCUGUCCUACACAAAGGACAAAGAGGAGCCCAUAUGCCAUCGGCUAAAAGGCCCAGAAUUCUUCUCAGAAAAAUUCGAAGACUGCACCGGAAAUCUGUUUACCUAUAGGCUGUACCAAAACUUGAACUUGAACCACACCAGAGGGGUUCUCUGGUCAGAAUUCAAAAGCCUGUACCCUGGCGGACCGUUCAUCGACUGGUCGUACACAGACUCUACAGGGGACAUCUUGACAAAGACUUACGAUGUAGAAUACGAUAGUGAUCUAGGUUUAGACGAUGAGCUGUGCGCGAUAGUUCUUCCGACUCAGGCCUUGAAGGCUGUCAGAUGUAAGGGGAAGCACUUCCGAUACUGUAUGGUGAAGCCAUACGAUGAAGUGGAGGAGGUGACUGACGUGGGUUGUCAAGCGUUUGAGGGCAGGAGGUUUUACAGUCCACGGGCGACUUGCCUGGCGUCUAUAACGGGUGUGGGUGGAGGGAAUGUGAGGGCUACCUGGAGGCAGGCCGAGGACCUGUGUGAGAGGCGAGGUGGAUCGCUGCUGAACAGAGGAUGGCGGUACGCGAACAAUCCGAUAGUGCAUGGGACGGAGGACACGACCCGCGCGCUGCCGCUCGGAGUCGUCAUGACUACUGGAGACAACUUGCUGUGGGUCGAUGAGGAAGAUGGGAGGAACACGGUGCCCCACUCAGAAUGGAACUUCAAAGAGGAGCGCUACUCGCCCGACACGUCGCUGGUGUCCCUCAGCAACGGCUCCUGGCACCUCAUCAACUCCUCCUACAUCUUCUAUGACGUCAUCUGUGAGAGGAGCAUCCCACUGAGAAGCGUCGAGAUGGAGGUUGAUUAUGAUCAAGACGGCCAGCUGCGCUUAGAAGUGAGCGACUCUUUAGUGUCUGUCAACAACCUCUGGUGCUUCUCUGACUCAGUAAUAUUCUACCCGUCGCGGGUCUCCCUCACUCGCGUGGACGACUCCAACGACUUUGUCCUCAAGCCCCUGACAGACGGCUACUACUGGUGCAUCCACGCCGACUCCAGAAACUACCGCGUCAGCGAGUCCAACCGAGAGCUCUUCAUCAGGGAGAAAACCUCUGUCGUCAACCUCUACGCCAUCAAAAUCAGAGUCAAAGUCGAAUACACAUUCGAGAACCUGGACAAGCUUCUGCGCGAUUGGUCGAAGAAACUAGGAGAUUUUAUAUCGUUGAGGACGAUGUAUUCGAAGAUAUACGGCGACUUUGAAUUAGCCAAUGGCAACGCAGAGGCGACUUUGAAGGGUUUCAGGGACAGGACGACGACGGUACCGACUGCGAAAGACGGUGCUUUGCAGUUUCUGAAGCUGAAGCGGUUGUUUCUGGAUGGCAAGACGGCGUUGCUUCAUGCCCUGGUGACCCCGACUAUGCUGCCCGUGCCUCCGGGCGAGUGGGAGGGGCUCGAGAUCGUCUUCAUGAAGCCCGCCUACUAUUGCAAAGGCUUCGAGACUGUGCCGCAACUGCCUUUGGGCGAAUCCACCAUACAAGAGUGCACCCGGCACAGGUGCGUAGGAGACUUCAACGAGGGUGUCCAGUGGGUGUCCACUCAGGAGCCCGACUGUGUCGUCACUGAGAAGAAACCCAAGCUCGUAGAGACCUCUAUGAGUUACGCCACUACCACCACUGUCACUGUGGCUGAGCCGACGGAGAAAGUCCGUGGACCAGUGCCAAUACUGACGCACAACAAAGUGGAACCCCAAACCACCAUCCCACCAACAUACCCACCCACCACCGUAACAUCUACCACUAUCACCACUGUGGAGCCGGUCAGCGAUGAUGAUGAUGAUGUUGAUGAUGAAGAAGAUGAAGAGGUGGUGACGGUGAACAACAUUCCAGAGACUACAACGACAACGGAAAUACCAUCGGUUAGUCCGCCGACCACGAUGCCGGUGCCGCCACCAACGCCAGAAGAAAAUCUGCAAAACGUGAUGGACAAUCUACAACAACUGCUGCAAGACGAGACUGUUCCCUUGAAAGUGGAACACAUUGAUAGCGCUUUCACUCAAGUCGACGAAAUCCUAGACAACGACGACGACCUUCAAAUCCCGAGCGAGUUCCUCCGCCUACUGGACCGCAUCGGGUCCCGGGUGGACCUCAACGGGUCCGCAUCCAUGUCCACAGUCAGGAACAAUGUGGCGUUGUUGAUGGCAGAUGCCACGCCUGAUGCGCCGGUGCGGGGACUCAAGAUAUUGGCGAGAGAUACCGAUGCGUUUAGUACUGACUCUAUACAGAUUAUUAAUGACGAAGUGAACUCAACCAACCUGCAGUCAGACACCAACGAGGUGGUCGUCACACUACCGGAAUCCGUCUCUGACUCCGAGCGACGCAUCAGCUUCGUGGUGUUCCGCAACGACCGCGCGUUCCACAAGGCGGAUGAUAUGGACCACUACGCUGUGAAUAGCCGAGUGCUGAGUGUCAAUGUGGAGAAUGUCACGGAGUUUGCUAAGGGCGAGGUGAUAAACCUGCACUUCCGCCCCAUGGACUCAGAGCUCCAGCGCAACACGUCCCGCGCCUGCGCCUACUGGAAGUUCCUCGACGACGGCAACGGCACCUGGAGCCGGGACGGCUGCACCUUCAUCAGGGCCACCACUGAGGGCACGCUGGACACCUGCCAGUGCGACCAUCUCACCCACUUCGCCGAGAUACUCAUACCCGCCACCGUCUUCUCAGAAGCCAACGAGGCAGCCCUAGAGGUGCUGUCAUUGAUAGGAUGCUUUAUGUCCAUUCUUGGCAUACUUAUGGUGGGAGUAACCGCGCUGCUGUUUAGGUCUUGGAGACGGGACUUCAGCAACAAAAUUUGGCUGCAAUUGUGUGUAGCUAUUCUACUUCUAGCGUUAUGUUUCACGGUUACAGCGUUUGCUAAGUUCACGGAGUACAACAUCCCUUGCAUGUUACUAGGUCUGUUGAUGCACUAUUCGGUGUUGGCGUCGUUUUGCUGGAUGCUAGUGGCUGCUAUACUCUCCUAUCGAAGACUCGUGCUAGUGUUUACUCGAGACGCUUCCCACAAGCUGCUCCGAGCGUCGGCCUUCGCGUGGGGCACCCCCUGCGCGGUUGUCGGCAUCCUUCUCUCCAUCUCCCCUCACUCGUACGCGGGAAGAUUCGAAGAGAUGACCCCGAGUGGGAGUUUCUGCUACCCGACCGGCGUGGCUCUAUGGGUGACGGUGUACGCACCUAUAGCCCUCAUGUUACUCGCAAACUGGACUCUAUUUGGUCUAAUAGUGCGUUCUGUGUUUGCUUCGAGACGGAUCCAGCGACACGGCGACACGAACGAAGCUCUGCGCUGCGCUACAGUCAGUUGUCUCCUCGUCUUCCUGUUCGGUCUUCCUUGGGUCUUUGGCCUGUUCGCUUCAAAUAUCAUCGGGGCAUAUCUGUUCACUUUCACGGCAACAUUCCAGGGUUUCGUACUGUUUGUGUUCUUUGUAGUCGGCAACAAGAAGACGAGGGAUCUGUGGUUGAAUAAGCUGAAGAUUAAGCAGACUAGAAAGGUUCCGGUGACGUCAUCGACGUAUGCCAAGAGUUCGGGGCCGGGCUGGCGUGGUGGCAGCGGUCGUGGCACCGCCUCUAUUGAAGCCUCGGCUUCAAAACCCAGGUCUCUCGCCACAUCCGAUGAUUCCAGAUUCUCCUGACGAAGAAAGUUCGGGAAUUCUAACCCUUUCCAAAUGUAGCGUAGCGAUUUCUUGCCAGUGCACUUUUCAAUGUCGUUUUCUAGUCUUUUCGUCUUUAAUGUGUUGGUCUAAGCUGUGUGCUAUUUCUGUGUAGAGCCAAAUAUAGGGUUAGUUAAGAGUUUUAUGUACUUUAAAUAAAGUAUUGUUAUUUAUGAGCGUUAUUCGUGCUUGUUGAUUCUUAGGCUUGUUAAAUAUAAGCUGUAUUUUUAGAACUAAUUUACGUAUUUUAGAUUGGUAUGUUAUUGAAACGUUAAAUGUUUAUUUAACAACGAAAUACAAAGUAAGAAACAAGAUAAAUGUGGUAAUUUUAAGAUCAAUUUUGUUUAUGUCGGCAAAUUAGUCAUAAUUAAAAAUCAGGAUAUGUUUUUCAUAACAAUUAUAACUACUGUAAAACCUUAAAUUAUGCCUAGUCUGUAAGAAGAAAUCUAGGUAUAUUUUUCUAGGACUUACAUUCCUUCUUAAUUUUUUAAGUUAUUAAGUAUAGCUGUUUUCAAAGUAUUAGAUUCGAUCUCAAAUCAAAGCACUACCUACUGUGGUAAUAAUAAGUUAUUCAUACAUAACACGAGCAGCUAAGAGAGUUACCAAAUAUUUUAUUUUUAAUCUAUAAGAUAUUUACGUGAAUUUUGUAACUAAGGAACUUACAAAGUAAUGUUUAAUCAACUUAUACAUAUGUGAGGUCUAAGCAUGAAAGCCUCAAUCAUAAUUUUGUAAAUACCUGUCUAUAUCUACAGAAUUUAUUGAGUAUUUAAAAUCAAAUUUAAAUUAUUUUCUGAAAUUAAAUCGAAUUCGUGACAUUAAGCUUAAUUUUAUUGAUAUAAAGGCUUUCUUUGCCCUUCCCAUCCAUAUGUGUAUAAUCUUUUACUAUCGAUUGGUUUUCGAUUCUUUGUACAGAACAAAAUUAUGUACGUAGUAACUAAGUUAUAUAUUUUAUGCUAGAGUUGUAUUAUCACAGAUGCAUUUACUAUUAUUUAUUAAAAAUAAUGAUGUAUCAUUAAUUUAA